UUCACAGGCUGCAUGGCCCAGCUCUUAUUCUUUUGGUUCUGGCAUGCACAGAGUGUGCCCUCCUAACAGUUAUGGCCUAUGACCGCUAUGUUGCCAUCUGUAGCCCUUUGCGUUAUCCUGUCAUAAUAAGCCAAGAUUUUUGUAUCCUUUUAGAAGCCAGUUCAUGGCUGAGUGGUUUUAUCAUAGCCACAGGAAAGACCUUCUUCAUCUCAUGCUUGAGCUACUGUGGACCCAACAUCAUCAACCACUUCUUCUGUGAUGUCUCCCCAAUUCUCAAUCUAGCCUGCAGUGAUUUGUCAUUCAUUGAACUCAUUGACUUCCUGCUGGCCUUGCUCAUUCUCAUUGGACCACUCGCUGUAACAAUAACUUCUUAUAGCUGUAUUAUCUCUACUGUCUUGCACAUUCCUUCAGCCAAAGGGAAGGGAAAGGCCUUUUCCACCUGUGCCUCACAUCUUUUGGUAGUCACCGUUUUCUUUGCUGCCACCAUUUUCAUCUAUGCCCGACCAAGGGCUCUCACCUCUGUUAAUGCCCACAAAGUUGUGUCUGUUGUCUAUACAGUUCUAACACCACUUCUUAACCCAGUUAUUUAUUGUAUGAGGAAUCAAGAAUUCAAGGAUGCCCUCAGAAAAACCAUUAAUGGAUCUUCUUUAAGACAAAUAGGCUAA